UCUACUCCCUUCUCCUGUUCGGCAAUCGGCGCCACCGCCUGCAGAUGCCGAAAUCUCAUGACGCCAAGAUGACCGUGGAGGCUUUGGUUGAGGGAGAUUGGGAAGUAUCCUGCGUAGAAUUUGAUCUGAGAUUGGGGAGAAAAGAAAAGAGAAAGUGAGAGGAUGCAGAUAAGAGUAAAUGAGCUGAUUGAGCACAAAGGUUGGGGAACUGUUUUCGGUAGCCAUGGUUGGAAUUUUCGAGAUCUGCUUCUCCUCCGCAUAUACAGCAUCUUAUGGAGUAUACUAUCAUGGAUUGCUCGCUGGAUUUGGGAAGACAAGGAAAGUGUGCAGGAGCUUGUUGUGUCUAUCAAUCUCAUGCCUUCAAGGCUGUAGAAACCCAGGCUUCCCUCCAAGAUGGAGAAACCCAGACUGCAUGGCUGACUGUAGAUGCUUCUGAAGAGACUGGCCGCAUCAUUCCUGAAACUCUAUUUGGGAUAUUCUAUGAGGAGAUCAAUCAUGCUGGGGCUGGUGGGCUAUGGGCUGAGCUUGUUAGCAAUCGAGGAUUUGAAGCUGGGGGCACUAGCAUUCCUUCUAAUAUUGAUCCUUGGUCUAUCAUUGGAGAUGAGUCAUCUGUAACUGUAUCAACAGACCGCUCGUCACAAUUUUACCGCAAUCCGGUUGCUCUCCGGAUGGAUGUGCUCUGUGACAGUAAUGUCUGUCCGCCUGGAGGAGUUGGUGUCUAUAACCCAGGUUACUGGGGCAUGAACAUUGAAGGAGGCAAGAAGUACAAGGUGGUCCUCUAUGUGCGUUCAAUGGGAGCAAUUAACGUGGCUGUAUCAUUCAUGAAUUCAAAUGGCUCUGAAAUCCUAGCUUCUGCUAAUAUUACAGCGUCUAGUUCUGAUGCUCAAAACUGGACAAGGAAGGAGGUCGUAUUGGAGGCAAAGGGAACAGAUCCUCAUGCAAGACUUCAAUUGACAACAGCAACAAAGGGGGUGAUAUGGUUUGAUCAAGUAUCAGCCAUGCCCUUGGACACUAAAAGAAAUUACAAAGGAAAUUAUCUUAGCUUCUAUAAUGCUAUAAAACGUGCCUAUCCGGAUGUCAAAAUGAUUUCAAAUUGUGAUGGGUCAGAAAAACAAUUGGAUCACCCAGCAGAGUAUUAUGAUUAUCACAUAUAUACAAAUUCAAAGGACAUGUUUUCUUUGGCACAUAAAUUUGAUCAUGCUCCGCGUGAGGGUCCAAAGGCUUUUGUUAGUGAAUAUGCUGUGACUGGAGAUGAUGCUGGCAAUGGAACCCUUUUAGCUGCGAUAGCAGAAGCUGGAUUCCUUAUCGGCCUAGAAAAGAAUAGCGAUGUUGUUGAGAUGGCAUCCUACGCGCCACUUUUUGUGAAUGUCAACGAUAGACGGUGGAACCCAGAUGCAAUCGUCUUUGACUCCUCCCGGCUAUAUGGAACGCCCAGCUACUGGGUACAACAAGUUUUUGCAGAGUCAAGUGGAGCAACUCUUCUCAAUGCAACACUCCAGACAGACUCUUCUGAUUCACUUAUUGCAUCUGCAGUUGCUUGGAAAGAUAAAAGCACUGGCAAAAAUUAUAUUAAAAUAAAGAUCGUGAACUUUGGAUCUAACCAAGUGACUCUCAAAGUUUCUUUGGAUGGAGUGGUUUCGGAGUUUGCAUUGACACAGACUGUGUUGACAUCUGGUAAUGUGAUGGACGAGAACUCUUUCGAUCAGCCAAAUAAGGUGGCACUGCACCUUACUCAACUACAAAAUGUUGCAAAGGAAAUGGAAUUUACCCUCUCACCGCAUUCUUUUACGGCGUUUGAUCUAUUGAAGAAUCAGUAAAAACACGGAAUUCUUCUACAGGACUGCAUUUUAUUUUUCAUUAGAUAUAUAAAUUUGUAAAUCAUGUCGUUUAUCAAUAAUAAACAUUUUGGUUAAAUUUCGAAAUUUAUUUUUUUCUU